AUGGAAGGCUCAAAGAAGGGUGAAGGCAAGAAGAAAAUGGUAGGGUCCGGUUCAAAGUCGAGGCCUCAAGAUAAACGAGGUUCGGGUGGUACUAGUGUGCCGUUUAAUCCGCAACUUGGGUUUGCGAAUCAAACCCAACCUCCAUUUUAUUUUAACCAACCCAUGCAUCAACCUUUCGGUUAUGAUACCCAACCCACCCAAAAUUGGAUGCAAUACGGUCCGAGGAUGACUCAAGCCGGUUAUUAUGAUUACUCCCCAGAAGCGCAAAAUGCUUUUGACCCGUUUGCUUUUCAAAACCCAAUGUCACAAUCACCGAGAGACGUACAAGAUGACGCCGAUGAGGAGUUCGUGCCGGAAACCCAAGAACAAGAGUUAGAUGAUGAUGAUGAUGAUAAUGAUGAUGAUGAAGAUGUUGCGGAUGAACCGGAAAGAAAAGGAAAAGCCAAAUGGGAAAGUUGGUCGCCUAGACAAGAAGAGGCGUUGGCAAAAGCUUUUGUUCAUUGCACUUUGAAUAAAAAGAAAGGCAAUCAACAAAAGAAGGAUGGCUUUUGGAAGAAAGUUCUAAACCACUUCAACGAAACGGUCGGAGGAAGUAACCGAACCCACCACCAAGUUCGCUCAAAAUGGAUGACGAUGCAAACAAAAAUUAGAACAUUCAACGGUCUAUAUCAUCAAGCGGAUCGUUUACGUCCUAGCGGGAGUGACGACGCAUAUGUAAUGAAACAAGCGUUAAAGGAUUACAAAAGCAAAGAAAAAAUUGAGUUCGCUCAUGUUGCGGCUUGGGAGGUUGUUAGAACAAAUCAAAAGUGGUCGCAGGUACCUUUGUUGAAUGAAGAAAGCUCCGGUUCGGGUCUAAAAAGAAAGUCUUCGGAUUCGGGAAAUUAUACUCGAGGAUCACCGAAUGUCGAAAUCUCGAGCGGAUUCGAUAUUCCCGACGUAAACGAGGAUCCUUCACCACCACCACCAAGACGACAAACGAGAAAGGAGAAAAAGGACAAAGGGCCGUCUUCAAAAAACGAAGAUCCAAGAGAUAUAACACACAAAUUCGAAGAGUACAAGGCCAUGAAAAAAUAG